UUAGUACUAUUUUUGGUGUGUAUCCAUCAACAGAGGGUCGCGUUGUUGGUUCACUUCAGAGUACAGAGAUAACAUUACAGGAGAAAGACAACAAUUCUCUAUUUUCAACUCAAAAGUUCAAACUACUCAUAGCUUCCACUCUCGCUCCAAACUCAAUUUUCAUUUUUCUUUAACUGGUUGUAGCUGGCUAACCUGCAAAAGGGGGGACAACAAAAUAAUACAUGUUUGAUUCCAUUGCCUCUUCUUCCAGUUGGAUCCAUCAAUUAUGAUUAAUGGGUAACUCGAUGUGUGGAAGCAUAUGAGCCUGAUAUCUCCGUUUGCAUCUUCGGCUUUGUGAUUUUCCCGCAACCAGUGACAAAGUCUUAUGUAAUUUUGUCUCAAGCAGUGAUGGAAGCGGCAAAAGUUCUUUCACACACCAAAGCUGUACCUUUUGGUUUCUCUAUUGUGAGCAACAAUGUCUCUCUGAGACCUUUCAACAAACAACAUCAUGCUAAUGUAGUUAAUAACAGUCAUCAACUCAACCCAAGACCCAAGCACAUUGGUUUUCGAUUGAAUUCCACCUAUAAAAACUCUUUUCUAUCCUUAGUUAAACUGACAAGAAAAAGGCCUGAUUUGUUACCUUUUCCCAGAUGCUCAAUUUCCAACGAAGCCAGCUCAGAUUCUAGUAAUCCAGUCCUAAAGUACUUCAAAAACCUAUCAUUUGAUUCGAUAAAAGCUACCGUUCUGCAGUUGACUCCAAUUGAUAUAGUGAAGUUGACGGGGAUAUUAGCUGUCAUAACUACAUCCACAAAAUGGACGAUUAAUAUGCUCUUAAAUCCUUUCUUUUGGAUGUAUUUUAGCUGGAGUUGGAUGUACUGGCCAUGGUUGGUGGCCAUAGUGCUUGCAGUUUAUGGGUUAUACGGCUUUCGAAAACACAUGCUUGGUGAGGCAAACAUAUUUGAGCAAUUGGCGAUCGUUACAUCAGCUUUUACAUGGCUCACCCUUGUUCCACCAGCUUAUUUCAAUGGCUACCUAGAAGGCUGGCCUUUGGUUUUCUUUUUUGUAUAUCAUUACUUCUUUUUCUUCAACGUUAGUGUCCGGAAGCGGCUAUACGGGGAUUAUUAUGCUCGGCGUCAUGACCCGAAAUGGGAUGUGAACUUGCCAAUGUGGUCUCGCCUUUUAUUCAGUGCAGGAAUCAUGGCUGGCCACUGGCUUGCAGCAUUUGAAGGGCCAGAGCUUAGCCUUAUACAUGGUGCAUGGAGCAAUCUUGGAAUCUGGGCUUUGAUUAUUGUAACUCUACUGUUUCAUUAUAAUUCCACAUUGUAUCUUGCUAAGUAUUCAGAAAAUGUGGUGGUUCCAUCUUCUGUUGUGCAAUAUGGACCUUAUCGCUUGUUGCGCCAUCCAAUAUAUUCAUCGACGAUGCUUUUGUUCGUGACAUAUUGCGUUGCACUUCGAGCACCCUUGAGUCUGAUCUUCAUUGUAGCAGUUUGUGUGUUAUAUUAUAAGCAGAAAGCAGAUAUGGAGGAGGCUUUGAUGGUUGAGUCUUUUGGCCAGAUAUACACGGAAUAUGCAAGCAAAGUUAAGUAUAAGUUUAUUCCUUUUCUCUAUUAGUUAGUCUCCAGAACUGUAGCUUUCAAUUGUCAAAAUCUCAUUAGUGUCAGAUUUAGGCAAAAGAUAGUGUAACUUAUUGAAGUUUAUGAUAGUGUAUGAUUUUGUUUACUCUUUAUAAGGUAAUCUUUAGUUUGUUGAACUUAACCUUAAUAAUACUAUGGUCCCUGUGCACUUGUGUUAAA